CCCCAAGUAAAUCCCAAGGGAUAUUGUGAAUCGCUCCUUUUUCUUCUUCGUUUUCUGGUUUUUCCUCCAUUGGGAGCUGAAAUUGAGGAUCAGAGACAGAGGGUGACAUUUUAUUUUAAAAACACACAAAUUAUACUUUUUCUUUUUUUGGAUUUAAAGAAACUUGACUAAUGAGUCACUUGACUCCAUUUUCCUCUUUGGUCUUGCUUCUCGGCUGUUCUGUGGUUUAUGACUAUGUCUGAUAUGCUUUCUAUUCCUUUGUCUCUAAAAGCUCUUAAAAAAAUAAUUAAACAUGUAACCAGUUUCAAAAAAAUAUAAACAUGAAAAAUUGAUAAGUACUUUACAUUUAUAAAACCACUUAUAUGUAUUUAACUUUGUAUGGUUGAAAUAUACAUAUAAAAAAAAAAAACAAUUCAUUCACUAAGGAAACCAGUUACAAACUCAUUAAGCAAAAUAUUCCACUGUUAUCUGCAAAGUAACCAGGUACACAUGUAACCAGGUACAAAAAAAAAACAGUUUAACAAAAAAAAAAACACAACAAUAACAAUAAAACAAACACAAAACAGAAUUGAACAUUAUGCAAAUUAACUACAAAUCUACAAGAAACCAGAUACACAACCAUAAAAAAAUAAAACAAACAGAAUCCACCGAAUGUGAAACACAAUAACAGAAACAUAAACAGAUGAACAAUUUUUUAUUAUUAUACUUAAAAAAAAUAAACACAUACCACAACAUGUUUAGUCUCAUGAGAAUCAUCUCCAGCAUCCUUACUACCAGAUGCACACGAAUCCUUCGUCUGUUUAUGGGUUUGAUGGGCUAGACCUUUAUAGUGUGCAACCAAGUUCGAGCUCGGAGAUGACAAUUUUGAGAACCCUUUUGGAAGAGUGGCGAGCUGCCAUAGAUUCUGAGACAAGAAACAAGAGCCAGUCCAAGUUGCUAUUGGUCAUAGUGAGUCAUAUCAUUUCGAGUUUUAACUCAGUGAGUUACCCGAUUGACGCUAUGAAGAAGAACUUGGAUUGGGUGCAUCUUAAGUCGUACAACUACUAUACGCCAACUACAUCAAAUGUCUCUUACCCUCAUGCUGCUUUAUAUGAUCCGUUGAACAAAAUUAUUAAUACCAAUAGUGGAAUUCACGAGUGGUUGAACAGAGGAUUUCCUGCCAGCAAACUGGUCUUGGGAUUGCCUUACCUUGGUUACGCAUGGACCCUUGCGAACCCAAACAACAAUCCAGUUGGGGCUCGAUCAACAGGUCCAGGAAUCACCUUAGACGAGUCUCUGUUCUAUAACUUUGUAAAGUGGUACAUAGAAAGUAAUGGGUAUGGUGUACAGUCUGUGUACAAUGAUACUUAUGUGGUCAACUUUUGCAAACUAAGGCAAAACUCGAUUAACUUUGACGAUGUUGAGGCUAUCAAGGCUAAAGUUUCAUAUGCAAAGAAGAUGAAUCUUAUGGGCUAUUUUGUGUUCCAUAUAGGAAACGACAACAAUUGGGUUCUCUCUAAAGCAGGUAGGUGAAUUCGACUUUGAUCUUCUAGUCCAUUUUUACCUUUGUAGGCCAUCUAAUAAGAAUGGUGUUGUAACUAUUGAAUUAGCAUUGUUUACCAAAAUAAUAAAAAUAAAAAUAAUAAUAAUAAAAAAGACAAAAAUUCCCUCACAAAAAUGUCCAUAUAGAAUAAAUAAACUUAUACAAAAAAAUAUGGGAUACAGAAGCCAUAUUUUGAUAAAUAUGGGAAAACAAAACCCAUAAAAAAGGAAAACAACAAAAAAAACCAUAAAAAAUGCACACAAAAAAAAAAGCCAUAUAUAUCAAAUUUUGUUGAAUUUUCCCAUAUUUCAUGUAAAUUCCUCUUAGAAAAAUUAUAGGAAAUGGCCCAAAA